UCACCAAUAUUCAUCGUUACCAACCAGCCACUUGUUUCCACAACCAAAAUUUGAUCGACUAAGUUCCUCAUUCACACGCCCAACACCACCCAUCUAUUCUCUAUACUUACUACACCAAAAAUUGUUGUUCUUUCCAAAUACAUGAAUACUUGACCAAAAAUGUUUUCAAAAACUUUAUCAUCUCUUAUUACAAUACCUUCCCCAACAUUGAAUCACCAAAGAGUUGAUUAUUUCUAUAACAAAUUCAUCCCUUCAUACAAACCAAAAAAAGUAAAUAAAAUCUUAUGUUUAUCAAAAUCUAAUUCUGAAAUUAAUGGUAAAGAACAAGUAGUCAUUGUUGGUGCUGGAAUUGCUGGACUUGCGACUUCUCUUGCCCUUCACAGGCUUGGAAUCCCAUCAAUAGUUGUGGAGCAAUCAGAUUCCUUAAGAACAGGGGGUACAUCACUCACUCUGUUCAAAAAUGGGUGGAGGGUAUUAGAUGUACUUGGCAUUGGAGAUAAGUUGAGGGCCCAAUUUCUUCAAAUUGAAGGGUUGUCAUUAAAAACUGAUGAAGGGAAAGAGCUUCGAUCUUUUGAGUUCAAAGAUGUCGAUCCAAGCCAAGAAGUACGCGCAGUGGAAAGGAGAGUUCUUCUGCAAACACUUCUCGAUGAACUACCCUCCAAUUCUGUGCGAUUUUCAUCGAAGUUGGCUAAGAUUGAAACAGAUCAAAGAACAGCGGAAACUCAGUUAGAGUUUACCAAUGGAACUAAAUUAUCCGCCAAGGUAGUAAUUGGCUGUGAUGGAGUCCGAUCUCAAAUAGCACAGUGGAUGGGUUUUCCGGAGCCUAAAUAUUCCGGCCAUUGUGCUAUUCGGGGGCUGGCUGUGUUCAAUGAAGGACAGCCUCAUCAACCGCGUGUUAAGUACAUCUAUGGAAGAGGAAUAAGAGCUGGAUUUGUUCCUGUUUCUCCUACCAAAGUUUAUUGGUUCAUUUGCUACAACAGAGCCUCUCCGGGUCCAAAGGUUACUAAUCCCCAAGAAGUAAAGAGACAAGCAAUGGAACUAGUCAAAAACUGGCCUUCAGAACUACUAAACACCAUAGAACUCACACCAGAUGACACAAUCAUAAGAUCCGCUCUUGAAGACCGGUGGCUAUGGCCGGUUAUUACUCCCCCAGUCUCAAAAGGAGGAGUGGUGCUUGCCGGAGAUGCCUGGCACCCAAUGACCCCCAAUCUCGGUCAAGGGGGGUGUUGUGCGCUGGAAGAUUCAAUCGUCUUGGCAAAGAAACUCUCGGGAGCAAUGAAAUACGGACAGUGUCCAGUCGAGGAAGCCAUGAGAUCAUAUGGAAACGAGAGAUGGGGACGCAUCUUUCCGUUAACCAUACGAGCAAACUUUGUGGGAGGACUCCUUCAGUGGGAAAACCCAUUAGUUUGUGCUGUGAGGAAUAGCUUUGUCAUACCUAAAGUAGCCCAGAUUGGACCUUUGUUGGAGCAUACAAAUUUUGCUUGUGAACCUCUUUAAUUGAUUACAUAACUAUAAAUGAUCAAUGUUCUA